AUGCGCUUCUACCUGCUCUGCUCGCUGGUGGCACUGCUGCCAGCCUUCUGCCUGGCAGGCAUCAGCUUCACCAGAAACGACCAAGGACCGGUCGACUUCAGUCAGCACAAGGUGAUUCGCAUUCAGCCGUCCAGUGCCGAACACCUCGAACAGCUGCGAAAGCUUGAGCUGGAGUAUGAGAUGGACUUCUGGAACCCGGCCAUGCCCGACAUGCGACCUGUGCUGACCAUCAUCGACCCGCAGCGAAGCCAGUUCCUGACUGCGCUGAACUACUCCCGAAUCGGCUACGAGGUGGUGCACCACAACUACCAGAAGGUGGUGGAGCAGGAGCGCCAGGAGAUGGUGAUGGCCUCCAGAGGCCAGCGCGAUCCCAACUACGACUACGAGACCAAGUACCACACCUACGACGAGAUUCUCAAGCAGAUCAAGUACCUGGCCACCACUUACCCAGCCAAGGCGACGUACAUCAAGGUGGGCACCACCUACGAGGGCCGGGAGAUCCCCGCUCUGGCCAUCGGCUCUGGCUCCAAGGUGGUUUUCCUCGAAUGCGGCAUCCACUCGCGAGAGUGGGUCACCAUCGCCUUCGGCACCUGGGUCUCCAAUGCGCUAAUCAAUGACCCCGCCAACGCCGCCCUCCUCAGCACCUACAAGUUCAUCGUCGUGCCGGUGCUGAACGUCGACGGCUUCGUCUACACGCACACCAACAACCGACUGUGGCGAAAGACCCGCUCCAGGUCAAAGGUGAACCCCUCCUGCUACGGUGCUGAUCCCAACCGAAACUGGGCCACCUCCUUCUGCACCCAGGGCGCCUCGACGAACCCUUGCUCUGAGACGUACUGCGGCGAUUCGGCCUUCUCCGAGGUGGAGGCGAAGCAGAUGUCCGAGCUGGUAAACCAGUACAAGACCCAGACGGUGGCCUACUUUGCCAUUCACAGCUACUCGCAACUGUGGAUGUACCCGUACGGCUACAAAACGGCCCUGCCCACCAACUCCGCCAAGCUAAAGGAGAUCUCUCAGGCGGGCAUCGCAGCCAUUAAGGCCACCGGUGGACUGACCUUUACCGAGGGACCCAUUGCCACGGCUAUCUACAUUGCCUCCGGCUCAAGUGCUGACUGGGUCUACGAGGCGGCCGGCAUUCAGAUCUCCUUUGCUCUGGAGCUGCGCGACAAGGGCCAGUACGGCUUCCAGCUGCCGGCUAACCAGAUCAAGCCCGCCUGCUUAGAAACCUGGGCCGGCAUCAAAGCAGCCCUGGCUAAAAUUUAA